AUGGUCUGGUACCUCGGGCGAGCUGGCGCGUGUGUAGACCGCAUCGGCGGCCCUGGGAAGUACGACUCCGCGUCGACGUCCAACAGCCUCUCCUACGCAGAUAAUCACGCCACUUGCCGCCAGUCCUGCGACGUCGGCGCUUUCUGCGUCGGCUACAGCUUUUACGCUCCGCUCGUCGGAGGUCAGGUCGUGUGCAAGACCUAUAAGGCGCCAGCACCGGAGGACGCGAUUGCGGGCGCAACGCCCUCGAGCGGCACGACGUGCUACGAAAAAAUAUAUUCACCGGCGCCCCGAGGCUGGGUCCUUCCCUUCCUCUUUGGCGGCAUAUUGUACCUCAACGGUCGGUGUUGGCACUGGGGGCCGCCGCCGACGCCGCCGCCUCUCUCGCCUCCACCAACGCCGCCGACGCCGCCGCCGACGCCGCCGCCGACGCCGCCGCCUUCGCCUCCCGCGGCCCCGCCCUCGCCUCCGACCCCGCCGCCUCCGACGCCGCCACCGAAGCCGCCGCCGCUGCCGCCUCUCUCGCCUCCCGCGGCCCCGCCCUCGCCAGCGACCCCGCCGCCUCCGACCCCGCCGCCGCCGACGCCGCCGCCGCCGCCGCUCGCCCCACCCCCACCCUUCUACGCCGACUUCGUCGAGAAGCUCGGCGGGACGGUGCGGACGGGGUACGAGACCGUGGCGCCCGUCGUCAAGGAGCUGGAGAAGGAGCUGGGCGUCCCUGAGCGGUCGCUGGAGUUGGCGCUGGGAGUAGCCGGGUUGCUCUUCCUGGCGCUCUGCUUCUCCCGCUGCUGCUGCUGCCGGCGGCGCGAGCCGCCUCACAAGCGGCUCGUGGAGUCCGACGAGGAGGAGGCGGGGGGCGGCAAGCCGAGUCCGCGGCGGCCGAAGCGCCGCUCAGAUGCCAUGCCGUUCUUGCCCUCAAACCGCCGCAGAACUGGCGGAGCAGCGGAGCUGGAGCUGGCGGAGCAGGUGGCGGAGCUGGAGCGCCGGCGCCUCUCCGUGAGCAAGGUUUUAAGGCCGGAAGUAGCAUCACUCGUUCAGGUGGCGCGGGCCGCGAGGUCUGAGCGGGAGUCGUGA